UGGAAGCUUAGAAGACCGACUAAUGAGGCGAGGCAACAGACCGGCAUUGUCAUGGCAAGUCAGGUUUAGGAUAGCUGCAGAGAUUGGCACUGGACUAUUGUUUCUCCACCAAACCAAACCCGAACCCAUUGUCCACCGCGACCUCAAACCGGCUAACAUCUUGUUGGAUCAGUACUACGUCAGCAAGAUUGGUGAUGUCGGGUUGUCAAGACUGGUCCCACCCUCUGUGGCCGAAGGCGUGACACAAUUGCGAAUGACAUCAGCAGCUGGGACAUUUUGCUACAUUGAUCCUGAAUACCAACAGACAGGAAUGCUUGGGGUGAAGUCGGAUGUUUACUCCUUUGGGAUAGUGCUUCUCCAGCUGUUGACAGGUAAGCCGGCAAUGGGAAUAUCUCAUGUGGUUGGACGGGCCAUUGAGAAUGGAACAUUCGCUGAAAUGUUGGAUACUGUUGUGGUCGAUUGGCCAUUUGAAGAGGCGCUGGUGAUGGCCAAAUUGGCUCUCCAAUGCGCGGAGCUCAGGAGAAAGGACAGACCGGAUUUGGGGAAAGAGGUCAUGCCAGAGCUUCGUAGGUUGAGAGAAUUAGCAGAUGAGAGUAUAAGUCAGUUCUUGCUUAAUGGCUGUGCAGUGUCCUCUCCCAGUCACAGUCAAGCUUCUAUGACACAAAAACACACAUACAUGACUUCACAUGCACAAUAGUGUUCGUGAGCUGAUGUCUGUGCACAACCAAGUAUAGUUUUUCUGCAAAGGGCCAGCUCAAUGAUUCAAAUCCAGCACAUACAUCUUAGAUCUAUUUUGUAUUGUA